UUACAUUGGAGGUUGUGACUCGAGAGGGAUUUGGUGAAAUUCAGUGGUCACGGUUCAGUCUCCAAAUACAUUCCGGCUGUUUCUGUCCGCCUUCACAUGAUAAUAAAAUUCACAGGGAAGUAAAAUACAAUAUAUUAAAUACAGAAAUGUUAAACAGUGUACUUCUAUGGAGCAUUAGAGGCGUUUUGUUUGCUAUAAACUAGCCAUGAACGUGUUCCAUUGUUUGCUAACCAGGCAAUUGCUAACUAGCUGAAUGCGUAGAGCUUUUCAUUAGCUGAAAAAAAUAAAAAAAUAAAGCGGCAUUACUUUUUUGACAAGUCAAGUGACUAGCGCAAAAUGCCGGAGAUAAAACUCAUGCAAAUCGUGUCUUGCAGCACUGAAGACAAUACUCACAAGGCUGACAACCUGCUGAGCUCGGACACAUACAGAAAAUGGAAAGCAGCAAAGGCAGGGGAGAAACAAACCUCAGUCAUUAUACAGUUUGAGAAAGAAGAGCAGGUGUACAGCAUAGACAUAGGAAAUGAAGGGUCUGCUUUUAUUGAGGUGCUGGUGGGACACUCAACCUCUGUCAAAGACCAGGACUAUGAGGUUCUGCUGGUCACGUCGUCCUUCAUGUCCCCCACGGAGAGCCGUAACAGCACCAACACCAACCGUGUACGCUUCUUUGGCCCUACCCAGCUGGUGAAGGCUCAGGCCCAGGAGAAGUGGGACCGCGUGAAGAUUGUGUGUAGCCAGCCGUACAACAAGAGCAUAGCAUACGGAGUGGCCUUCGUGAAGUUCCAUUCACCAUCAGAAAAAAGUGAUCUACCAACCACAACAACACCGAAGUUGACCAAGCUUGGCCAGUUUCGGGUGAAGGAUGAGGCCCCCUCGGCUUGCCCUAGUCUUCAGCCAGGCAGCCUCUUCUUCAACAGAGAGAGCACCUCCAAAGGCAGCCCAGCGCUCAAGGUUUCGCAGACUGAGAAACAGACUGAGAAGCUCAGCUAUGCAGCUGCCACCCUGCAGUCUGGGUCUGGGUCUGGCCACUCCUCAGCCCCACCGUCCUCCAGCUCUCCACCACCACAGGCACCAGUGAAGAGGAAGUUUGAGUUCAGUAAAGAGCGCCGGUCUGCCCUCGCUCCACCCCCCUCAAAGAAACCCAGCCCUAUGGGCUCCCCUGAACUGGGCACUACCACCCCGAAACCCAAGGUGAAACCCAGCACAGCCAGUACUCCCAGCCCCAGCACUGACAAAGCCUCCCCUGCCCAGAAUACCCCAGACACCAAGAAGAAGGAGAGCCUGCCCAAACCAGAAGCCAAGUCCAGACCCAAACCCUCCAAAGCCCAGUCCAGCUCCUCUGAGGCCCCUGUUCCCCUCAACAAGAUCAUGGAGGGGGUGGUGUUUGUGCUGAGCGGCUUCCAGAACCCCUUCCGGGGGGACCUGAGGGACAAGGCCCUGGCCAUGGGGGCCAAGUACCACUCUGACUGGACCCCUGAUGCCACACACCUCAUCUGUGCCUUCUCCAACACCCCCAAGUACAGCCAGGUGAAGUCAGCAGGGGGCGUCAUCGUCCGGAAGGAGUGGGUGCUGGACUGUCACAAGAGGAAGCAGAAGAUUUCCUUCAAACAGUACCUGAUGGACGGAGCGGAGUCCAGCUCGGAGGGGAGCGACGAUGAGGAGAGUGAGGAGGAAAAAGAGAGGAAGACUCCACAAAAGAGGAGAGAAGAAGAACGGCAACCCACUCCCAGAAAGACCCCCAUCAAGAAAGAGGAGGAUCUGUAUGGUGGUUCCACAGACGCAGAUGAACCAGGAGAUGAGUCUGGCAUGGACACGGAGGAUGAGCUGAAGAGGGUGGAGAGCGAGAGUCGGCAGAAGAAAGGAGAGAAGGAGAGAAAAGGAGUGGAGGAGGAGGACCCUUUUGGAGGUUCGACUGACGUGAACACUGACGCUGAGGCCGAGGAGGACGAGCCCAUCCCUGAGCUACCAGAUUUCUUAACUGGAAAGCGAUUUUUCCUUUACGGCAAGUUCCCCAACAAUGACAGACGCCUACUCCUGCGUUACAUCAUCGCCUUCAACGGGGCGGUGGAGGACUACAUGAGUGAGAAGGUCCAGUUUGUUGUCACCAGCGAGGGAUGGCACGACUCCUUUGAAGACGCACUGAUGGAGAAUGGUAAUUUAAGCUUUGUCAAACCCACAUGGAUUUUUGCCAUCAACGAUCGACAGAAGACGCUGCCAUAUCAGCCCUACACUGUUGUCCCUUGAGACUUGCAUUUGCCAACGUGCUCACACACACACACACACACACACACACACACACACACACACACACACACACACACACACACACACACACAACAGUAUUGUACCUGUCCAAAGGGUAGGAGAGGUGUACAUUGAAGCCAUAGACAUUAGCUCUUCUCAGAUCCCUAGGUAAAUGAAACCAAGCAACGUGCCAUUUUGGUACAAAUGCCUUAACUUUACUUUAGGCCAUCCAGAGAGAUGGAUGAAAUGGUUUCCCUACUAGAGAUGGCAUAUCUUCAAAGACGUAUCAGUACCGGUGCAUAAAAAUAACUCUCCUAACUGUCUCACUUUCAGGGCUUUUUAAAACAACAUAUCUCUGCUUCACCUCCACUACCUCAGGGUCCAUGUCGAAACUCCAGUUAUCAUGUCCUGAAAAGCCACUGGCUUUGAUAGAGGGGAGUGUAUGAGUGUUAGGAGCAACAUAAAGAGACCUAGGUGUAGCCGGAAUGGCACCCUAUUCUCUAUAAAGGGCCCUUGUCAAAAGUAGUGCACUACAUAGGGAAUAGGGUGCCGUUUACAGGCGUAAAGGUGUUAGUUAUUUAAGGUCACUGACAAUCGAGGCCAAUAUGAAAUAUGAAUAGAAAAGAAGGCCUUUGUCCUUGUUGCUAUGUAGGAAUAUGAAAUAGGCUUCAAGGUUUGGUUGGUAUUCCUCUCAUCUUACUAUUUUAUUUUUCAGCAAGUCCGCUUUGGGCAAAUGCAUGGGAUUGUAGUGUAAUUUGUAACAUGUAGAAUUACGUGUACUUUUGUUUUAUUCAUGUUGUAUGCUUUUUGAAUUGUAAACAGAAACUAUUGUGUGAGGAUCCAAUAAGUCCUGUUUUUGCUUGUUUUUUUUGUAAGUAUGUGUGAUGUGUUCCUUAUUUUUCCUGUCUGGAUUCGACUUGUUUAUUACAGCAUCUUAGCUUUGCUUUCAGAUUCUCCCCCCCCCCCCCCCCUCCAAAAAAAAAAAAUAUUUGAUUAAUUAAAA